AAUCACAGGGCACAUAUAGACAAACAACCAUUCACACUCACAUUCAUACCUAUGUACAAUUUGGAGUCGCUAAUUAACCUAGCAUGUUUUUGGAAUGUGGGAGGAAACCGGAGUACCCGGAGAAAACCCACGCAUGCACGGGGAGAACAUGCAAACUCCACACAGAGAUGGCCGAAGGUGGAAUUGAACCCUGGUCUCCUAGCUGUGAGGUCUGCACGCUAACCACUAGACCGCCGUGCCGCCCAAUAAUAAAUACUCAAAUAAUAAUUCAUUCAUUCAUUUUCUACCGCUUUUCCUCACGAGGGUCGCAGGGGUUGCUGGAGCCUAUCCCAACUGUCUUCGGGCGUGAGGCGGGGUACACCCUGGACUGGUCGCCAGCCAAUCACAGGGCACAUAUAGACAAACAACCAUUCACACUCACAUUCAUACCUAUGUACAAUUUGGAGUCGCCAAUUAACCUAGCAUGUUUUUGGAAUGUGGGAGGAAACCGGAGUACCCGGAGAAAACCCACGCAUGCACGGGGAGAACAUGCAAACUCCACACAGAGACAGCCGAGGGUGAAGGGUGGAAUUGAACCCUGGUCUACAAAUAAUAAUUUUUACCCCAAAAUAUUGGCAGUACAUUUCAGUGUAGUCGUUACUCAGACAACAUUAUUACUACACUAAUACUUUUUUGAGCAUUACUGUCUUGGUACUUUACUAUUUAUUUUCCAGAAUAAAUCACAAGUCCACUGGUGUUUUAUGUAACAAGAUCAUCUUAUCAAAACCAACUGACAGCAUGUAAGGAUACUAUGCACACAUCCCCCCAAUGCUUUGAACGUGUCAUACAUGCUCAUACAAAUAUUGUGACACAAGACUGACAUGAAGCAGGAAGUGUUCAGACGCAGGCGGGCAGCGCUGAUUGCGCAUACCGCUCUACUUCUUUUGUUCGUCUUCCUGAAAACCGCCGAACCGACUUAGUCUAUGCAACCUACAGAUGGACUCAGUCUUAUUAAGAUAGCAUGGCUUCCAGACUCAGACCAAACCCCGAGCGAACAUUCAUUGUAUUCUUUGAGGCAACUUGUCCCGUAGCCAGAGACAAAGAUCCAGACAUAUGUUUCCAGUUUCCAGAUGACUUCAGAGAUGAGGACUGUUUAUCCAGGUUUUGCUUCCCUUACGACAUACAAAGGGUGAGAGAGAGUGGCUGUGCAGCACUUUACGUUUGUUCUCACAGACCUUGACGGAUGCCAACGCUUUGGCUUCUGUCGUCUUAACAACAGAGCUCAGACGUGCCUCUGUAUGCUCAGUUACCUUCCAUGGUUUGAAGUGUUCUAUAAGCUUCUCAACAACCUUGCUGACUACAUCACAAAGGGGCAGACCAGUGAGAUGAAAGUGAUGCUCAGUGGCCUCUACAAGCAGUCCAUACCACUGGCGGCUGGAUCGAUCACACUGCAGAUGGGAGAGCAGGUAUUGGUCAGCACAGAUGUGCCCCAUCCUGAGGUCCGAGAGGUGGUUCCAUACUUCAUUGCUCCAGACCCCAGAGGUCUUCCUUCCAUUCCUGAGAAUAGGAACUUGACAGAGCUGAUAGUGGCGGUAGACGUGGCGAUCCUUCUGCAGCUCUACGCCAGCAUGCUCUUUGAGAGACGCAUCCUCAUUUUAGCUUGCAAACUCAGCACCUUGACAUCGUGCGUGCAUGCACUUGGGGCUUUGUUGUACCCCAUGCAAUGGCAGCACAUUUUCAUCCCAGUCCUUCCACCUCACCUACUGGACUACUGUUGUGCGCCUAUGCCAUACCUUAUAGGCGUCCACAGUAGUCUAUCUGAGAAGGUGAGGAGUCGUGGGUUGGAAGAAGUAGUCAUUUUGAAUGUGGACACAAACACAUUGGAAAGCCCCUUCAAUGACUUGAAGAAGAUACCUUCAGAUGUGACGUCUGGACUCAAGCUGUGUUUGAAACGUCAGGCGGUGUCUCCUGGUUGCGGGGUCUCACGGGCCUUCCUCAAGUCCCAGUCGCUGUUGUUUGGAGGAUACAGAGAUGCACUGCAGACUCUGGAGGGAGGUGAGAUCUGCUUCAAUAAAGAGUUGUUCCUAGCUCACAAGUCGCCCAGUAUGAAGCGGUUUCUGCAGAGUGCCAUUCAUUUACAGUUUUUCAAGCAGUUCAUUGAUGGGCGUGUGGAUAUCCUGAACACAGGAAAAGUCCCACAGGACCUCUUUGAAGAGGAGAUCCUAAAGUGUGGAGCAACAGGGAAGAGUAAAUCUUAUCAAGAGUUAGUUGGUAGCCUAAAAAAAGGGGGAGGAGCGCUGAUCCUCAACUUUAGGUCCAAAACAAAUAAUAGAAUGACAAAGGACAUCAGACGUUCUGGUUUGAAAAAACGGUUGAAGCAUAAGGCUGACAAUGAGACACACACUCUUCAUAGAGGUGGAUCUGUGUCGUACCACUGUGCUCAAUCGGACUGCCUGCAGAAUCGCCUGCCAAUAACACAACACUUUGGAAUGUCACGCCCUCGUCGACCUGUUAAAUACGGCAUCACCCAAGACGAGAGCAGCUCAGUGGUUGGUGACACUUUGACCAGGGCGACAUCUGGGCCAGUACAGCAGUGUGACUCAGAGCUUCAAAAGAAUGAAGACGAGGAGGAAGAGUCACUGACGUGUGAUCCAGAGGAGAUGGAUCUGUUAGGAGAGAUCUUUGACACGCUCAGCACCCGCAGCUUGCAUGGCCGUGGCGUGCUGUACGGCACACGCAGCCUGGAUCUGUUUGGACCAGACAGUCAUGACUAUAUUACAAAGUUUGGUUCAGCCAACCAAAGCGAGGAGAACCUCUCUCUGUCCAUAAGUGGCAGUGGAAGCCUACAUAACUGGAAUCCUGAAUCCACAGAGGAUGCGGCACCUCCGACGGACGACUUUUACUGGUUGAGCCUUGACACAAACACAACAUCGAAGGAGGAGUCAGCAUUUGAAAGAGAAGUACAAGAUGAGGAGCGAAGAAAAGAAGAGGAAAUGAAGGACGCCAUAAAUGAGAACCACGGAGGAGAAGCGCAUGGGAGCUCAAUUGAGGUAGAAAAAAAGGAGGAAGCUCCGGAAAGGAGAGUGACUUUUGGACAUGGUUCUCUGGAGGAAAUAGCUGCACAGAACAAGAGUGAUGAGUCAAAAAAGACGCACAAUGUUAGAAACAAGACAGGAAAACAACAGGGCGGGGAAAAAACAGCCAGAAUGCAGGAUGAUGCAGCAGAAGAGGUCAAUCUGGAGGAUGAAACUAAAGAGGUGGGCUUCCAGUCUCAAACUCCCUCCGACGGCUUCUUGGAGAAAAAGAGGACUGAAGGGUUGGUCAGGAUGGAUGUGCCGUGCAAGAGCAGCGAGAAUGUUCAGUCAUGUGACCCCAAAACUGAAUCGGACACGAUCAGCUGCAAGGACGGAGGCCCGACUCCUGUCAAGGUGUCAGAACUCAAAAAGAGAUUUGAAGCUCAAUGGAGCAGCCACACUGGCUGACUGGAAGAAACCAUUUACAACUUACAAAACAAAAACUGACAAAUAAGGCAGCAGCGGUGUGCACAUCAUUCUCUAUUUAUGUACACAUUUAUUUUUUGUGCGUUUCAUUUUUUUCUACAAAAGGUGAACAAAGUGCAUUCUAGUUAUUGUCUAUCGAUAUCCUUCAUGACUGUGUGCAGUGUAAAACAUGUUUUCUUUUUUAAUAGCGAUUACAUAGUGUGCAAUAAAAAAAAUAAAAA